AUGAGAUCUACGGGAACCACCACGUCUUCCACCAUGUCGGCGCCACCCUGCUCUUCGGACGAAGUGGCCAUAAGUCCUGGGGACUGCGUCGAGGGCGGCGUCGAGGAGUGGCUGGAGGACGAGGCGUUGGCCGGCUUCAGGGUCUGGCAACUCGCCGCCAUCGUCCUCUCGGUCCUGCUCGCCCUUAUCGUGGCUCUGUGCUGCUGCAUCCGGUUCAGGGUGCCAAGGACCAAGCAGGAGAUCGAGGCCGAUUACAUUCGCAAGAAGAUCACCAGGAGUUUCGGGAAGGAACUGACCAAGAUCGCCAACAACGAGAUGGACGAGAUGGACCUGAGAAGAGCGCUGGACAGGGUGAAGGCGGAGUUCGACGCGGACGUAGAGCUUCUUCGGGACCCUAAGGAACCGGAGCAUGUGACCUUGGAGAACAAACACCACCGUGGAUUCCUCUCGAGGUUCACAGGGAUUCUCCGAGGGAUGCGCGCCAAACUCACAAAGGACGAGACCAAGGAACUGCGCGUUAUCGUUUAAGGUGAUAUGAAAGUAGCGUCAGAAGAAUCAACCAUUUAUGAAACUUCUCCGAACUGAGGGUGCCGAAUAGUUUAAAUGUUUAACCUCGUAAACAUAGAGGCCCCAAAGAA